GCAGUGCCUGUAAGCAAAGGGUGCAUCUAGAAUCAAAAUAAUACAGAAGAGGAACAAAGCGAGGAAUUACCUAACAUCAUGAAGUUACUCAUCAUCUGCACCCUAACUCUGGCAGCACUUGUCACACGACUUGAGUCUGUCUACAUCAAGAAGUACCACAAGCUACCACAUAAACAUGGAUCAGAACGUAAGGAUUGCAACUGUUUAAAUGGAGGAACCUGCAUCACCUACUACCUCUUCCACCAAAUCAAUCGGUGCUUAUGCCCAGAUGGAUAUAGCGGAAUUCACUGUGAAAUUGACACUGACAACACCUGCUACACUGACAAUGGUGAGGACUUCAGAGGAAUUGCAACAGAAAAGAAUUGUCUGCACUGGGACCUUCCCUCGGUUAUCAGGAGGGGCAGCUACCACACUGACCUGAAGAAUGCCUUGCAGCUUGGACUGGGCAAGCACAACUACUGCAGAAACCCCAAUGGAAGGAGCAGGCCCUGGUGCUACACAAAGAGAGGAUUCAGCAUUCAGGAAACACCUUGCAACAUACCGCAGUGCCACAAAGAAAGUGAACCCACCUGUGGCCAGCGGAGCUUCAGCAAGUACUACAAGAUCGUGGGGGGAAGCCAGGCAGAGGUGGAGUCCCAGCCGUGGAUCGCUGGCAUCUUCCAGAACACCAAGGGCAUCGAGCAGUUCCUGUGCGGCGGCAGCCUCAUCGACCCUUGCUGGGUGCUCACGGCUGCGCACUGCUUCCUCGACCGGUCAAAAGACAAAUCGGCCUUCAAAGUCUUCCUUGGAAAGUCCAUACUGAAUGUUACUGAUAAUAAGGAGCAAAUGUUCAUGGUGGAUACCAUCAUCUCUCACCCUGACUUUACAGAUAUGACGGGUGGCAAUGAGAAUGACAUUGCUUUGCUGAGAAUAAGGACACCUUCUGGACACUGUGCAGUAGAAAACAAUUAUGUCAGAACAGUCUGCUUGCCAGAGAGGAACCUCUACCUACCAGACAAUACCCAGUGUGAAAUUUCUGGCUAUGGAAAACAGGACUUUUUUGACAUUUACUACGCUCAAAGGCUGAUGUCAGCCAACGUGAACUUAAUAUCACAAAGAAAAUGCACGCGUGAAUACUAUGACAACAUCAGAGUUACUGACAACAUGGUUUGUGCUGGAGAUUCCGCAUGGCAAAUCGAUGCGUGCAAGGGAGACUCUGGAGGCCCCAUGGUCUGCGAGCACAAGGGCAGGAUGACGCUCUACGGCAUCGUCAGCUGGGGCGAUGGCUGCGCCAAGCAGAACAAGCCCGGUGUCUACACCAGGGUCACUCGCUACCUUGACUGGAUUGAGUCCAAUAUGAAYAUGGUUCAUACCAAAAGUCGGCCUCUCCCUGAACCUAAGUGACUCUUCCCCACACAUGGGCUCCAACUACUUGCACUCAAAUGAGUUUAAGCCGAUACUGAUGCCAGGGCACUGAAUGGUCCUGAAUGUCACUGACGUUGGUCACACACACUGCUCACUAGAGGUGUUGGUUACAAACCCUCCUAUUCUCUGCCCCUUCUGUCAGUGUUUCUGAUGCAGAGACAUCCUACUUCACUACUCAAUCACCUGAAAAUGGUGCUGUGGGAAACUAAAAUAUUUAACAUUUAAAUGAGUAUUCCCAUGCACGAUACAUUACAGGUUAUCUGCCUGCUCCAGUUUAUGAACCAGUGUUUGGUCCAGAAGCAUUGGUACAGUUUUCACUUAGUUAAUUCAUUUUUUUUCUUUUUACAUCAACUCAACAUAAAACUUCUCCUCAUCAUUUUGAAGAAGGCCAAGACUGAAGUCCUAGAAACCUAACCUGUUAAAACAGGUAUGGGGAAAGUAAUCAAGCUUUGUUGUACUAGAAUAUGCAAGAACUUGCAUCAGYCUUAAUUAGCACUAUUACACAAAGGAGGACUGAAGGCCAGCCUUAAGCCAUACUUGGCAUAGGGGCMUAGUCCUACAGUCUCAACAUGUUCAACAUCUUAGGGAUGGCAACAGUGACUGUGUCAGUGCAGCGUGUUCCACUUAAGGRCUGUGGUACAAGGAUGUAAACUGUGUAUUUUUGGACUUAAUAGCCUGAGCACAUCUGAUGGUACCUUGGUCCCACUACAGUCUGAUCCUACCAUGUCUCUAUAUUCAUGUAUGUACCUAGAAGAGGAUCUUACAACUAUAAGGUUUUGUUGUAACCAUCAUCCACCAUUUAACUGAUAGUGUAUGGAAGAUACUUCUUUCCUUAAAACUGAUAUGCUGGUUUUAUUUUUUUAAACUGUCUUUGU